UUUUUCUUUUUUUUUAUUUGGAUGCUAGGAAAAUUCAGGGAGACCUCGCAUUCAGCAAAUCAUCAUAAUAAUGCUCCCUUUGUAGAAUUUUUUUAAAAAUCAUCAUAAUUUUAGAAAUUUCUCCUGGAACAUGGGCUGCUGGGACAUUUGUACCAAUGGUACGUAAGCUUAGAGUAGAAUUGAACAGGAGAGGCUCCAUCUCCUUAAAUACUGGUACAAGGCGAAAGCUCAGUUACCAGGGCGAAUCCACAAUUCAGUGAACAUAGAGUAGAAUAGAAUCUGUAAUUAGUAGGCCGGUGGGAUCUUUUGAAGUGUAGUAGUAAUAUGGAUUCUUUGGCAGAAACAACCAAGAACCAAGUUGUACUAAAAGAAGAAGAAGAAGAGGAGGAGGAGCACUUCUCGUACGCCAUGCAGCUAGUUACCUCCGCAGGGCUGCCCAUGAUGUUGCUUGCUGCCAUCCGGCUCAAUGUGUUCGAGAUCAUCGCCAGAGCUGGUCCCGGUGCUCAACUGUCGCCUUCAGAAAUUGCGGCUAACGUGUCUUCAGAAAACCCAAAUGCCGCUGCUAUGCUGGAUCGGAUGUUGCGGCUCCUGGCAAGCUACUCUGUGCUCACCUGCUCCGUUGCCACCGACGUGGAUGGUGAUCAUGCUAUCCAAACGCCAACAAGAGUGUAUGGAUUGGCGCCGGUGGGCCAAGUUCUUUGUACAGAACAAAACAAAGGGAGGAGGUUCACUAAGCUCCUGCUGGCCUUGCUUCAAGAUAAGGUCUUCAUUGACGGUACCAAUUAGAAGAUGCAGUUCGCGAAGGGGGAGAUCCGUUUCACAGGGC